CCCUCCAGCACUCUCACUCCUCUUCUCUUCUCCUCCUGCCCCCCUCCAACUUUAUGCCCCUCCCCCACUCUCCAUUCGCUCCCUCACCCCGCUUCCCGUUCUCCCCGCUUCUCCAUUUGGGUAAUUAUAAUUUAUGACGCCAUUGGCUGCUCACUCUUGAAUGACAGACGUUUAUCGAAUGGAGCUGUAGGACUGAAGGGGCUCCUGGCUUUGUUCAUGCCCCGGAUGAUUGUGCAGAAGUUGUUGAUAGUUGCGUGAAUGGAGCCGAGUGAGUCACCCGCUUCCAGUGAUGAGGACUCCUGGUUCAGGGUCCUCCUGAUUUUAGGGGUCAUUGUUGUGAUCUCACUCUGCUUAUGGUGUAACUGUGAGAAAGGUGUCCGUUUACGGGACAUCCCCGGACGUCUGUUUGACCGAUUUUUCAAAUCUUACGGUACGGUCCCGCGGACUCUGUACUGCCAAGUGGAGUGUUACGGUCAGGGCAAUGUCCACCACGAAAUUGUGAGAAGGCUGAACAUUAUUGAAGGACGAGGUUUUCCGCUUGUUCUCUUUGUCUACAAAGCGACCCGUGAAACUGAGGAUCUCCGCAACGCCCUGCAGUGGAUUGAAGGCAAAGGAGAGAAAAGAGAAGACAUCUAUGCUGCGAUCCUGUUGGAAAAGUGUUUGGAUAAACAGAAGAAGCCAGUGGAAGUUGCUCACCAGGGAGUGUUUGACGCUAAUACUGUGGCUGUGCGAAUUUUCUGGCAACAACAGUGGAAUUCACCCGAUAAGGUUCUGGAUUGUCCCAGUAACAGGGAGGCGAUGGAAAAAGUCAGACGGAGCAUCACUGGUUUUCAAAAGGAAGAAAGGUUGCAAAGUUCUACAAGAGAAGGCUGGUGAUCACCUGAACCACUCAGUGUAUGUGGAAUUUGCUGCCUGCACUCAGCAUCAAAUGCACUUCUGUUCCCUAUUUCUGCCCUGACCUGUGCUGGACAUAUCAUUGAAGGCAAUGGGUCUCGUUUCAAGAAAAUCUGACUCCAGAAACAGACUACAUCUAUGGACGUUCACCCAGAACGGCAGCAUUUCUUCACAGCUAUUGUGCUGAAAGUUUCUUAUGCUCCCUGCUUAGACCUUUUUCUUGUACUCUAGUCUUUAUUAGUCAAAGAAAAAUCCUGUAAUCUGUACUCCACUUUGUCACUGAGUUUAUAACCUGAUAAACCCACCUUCAGUGAAGCCAGAGUCAGUUAUCGCAAGUGCUAUUCAGCAGAAUGUUCAACACCAUGACCCAUUACUUCUGCCUCUGCUGUCUCUCCACCCAUGCUGCCUAUCCCAGCACUAUGUGCCCUUACCUGCUGCAAUUUUUCUGUGUCCUCCUUGCACUUUUUCCUCCAGUGACCACGUGCCUUUUCAGCCCUCAAGGUAUUUGGGACAGGUUGGGAUAGAUGUGAUUGAUAGUACUGGAAUAUGAACAGUCCCAAGAAGGGGAGUUGAUACUGAAGUUGCUGGUACUGGUACUGGAGUUGAUUGCUUAGCGAUUCUUUGUUACUUUUGAAAGUUUUCCCAGUCUUCCAGCUUGUCACUACUCUUGACAAAUUUAUA